GCAGCGGCUAGCUGCCACCUAUGGCUCUCACUGACAGCUACCGAGCUCAACCACUCCCUGUGGAUUUAUGAUAGAAGACAUAUAACUAAUUUCGUGGUAAUGUUGCGCAACUGACUUGGCAUUGGCCCCAGGCUUCUUCUGUAUCCGUUGUCGAGUCACGUUGUACCCGCCGUGAGUCCCUGUGGCAGAGCAGAGGACCUUCCCCCUCCACGCCAUGGGGACCGCCUGCAGUAAUCACCUGGGGAUCCCCCCCGCCAAGGGCCCCAACGCUGUGGGCUGCACCGACUUCAUGGCUGACCACACUGCACAGGGCAGCUUCUUCCGCCUGUAUUACCCGUGUCAGCCCAGCGAGAAGGCCCAACAGCCCGACUGGGUGCCCUGCGUGGAGUACUUCAACGGCCUGGCAGACUUCAUGAAAAUCAACAGGACUCUCAGCGAAAGGAUUUUCAACUACCUUUUUGGCUCCUUUAAGAUUCCGGCCGCCGUGGACGCUCCGUUCAAAUGCAACGACAAAUGUCCCGUGGUGAUCUUCUCCCACGGCCUGGGAGCUUUCAGGACCUUGUACUCGGCUAUAUGUGCAGAAUUGGCCUCUCGGGGCUUCAUUGUGGCGUCCGUGGAACACAGAGACGAGUCGGCCUCAGCUACGUAUGUUUUCCGUGAGAAGACGGCGUCGGAGAAGGAGAACAAGAACUCGCCUAAAGCGUGUAGCUCGGCCCAGGACCACCUGGUGACAGAGUGGAUGUACUACAGGAGUCUGCAGCGGGGCGAGAGCGAGUUCCCCCUCCGGAACAAACAGGUGAAACUGAGAGCAGAUGAAUGCAUCCGGGCUCUGGAGAGACUCACUGAAAUCAACUCGGGGGUCCCAGUUCAAAAUGUUCUGCAAACCCAGUUUGACUUCACUACGUUGCAGAACUCCAUGGAUCUGUGUAGGAUAGCAGCAGUGGGGCAUUCCUUCGGGGGAGCAACGGUGAUAGAAGCUCUGUGCAAAGAGGUUAAAUUCAAGUGUGGCGUAGCGCUGGACUCCUGGAUGUUUCCUUUAGAUGACGAGAUCUUUCCCCGGGUGAAGCAGCCCAUCUUCUUCAUCAACUCAGAGAAGUUUCAGUGGGCGGGAAACAUCAGCCGCAUGAAGAAGCUGGAUUCGGCCGGCGUGCAGCGGAAGAUGAUCACCAUCAGAGGCACCGUCCACCAGAGCUUCCCCGACUUCACCUUUCUGACGGGCAACUGGAUCGGCAAGCUGAUGAAGCUGAAGGGAGAGAUCGACCCCGAGGUCGCCAUCGACCUCUGCAACAACGCAACGCUAGCCUUCCUGCAGCGCCAUCUUGGGCUGCAGAGGGACUUUAAUCAGUGGGACCCUCUGAUCGACGGGCAGGAUGAGAACCUCAUUCAGGGAACCAACAUCACCGUGCUCCAGUCUCCCAUGUGAGCCGCCGCCGGGACGGUAACGGAGUGAAGACACUCGCUCUACCUCAACAGGACAGAUGUAGUUUAUUUUUAUGAAUGAAUCCUUUUCAUCCGAGAUCAUGGAAUCCAACUAAUGGCCAUUGUUUGAACAAAGGAGGAUUCAUUAUUAACCUAUAAGCCAAGGUAUCCUUCCUGAGUCAGGGGGCAGCAUCAUUACGAGCUUUAACACUAAGAGAAGCCUUCUACUUUUAUACUCCAACAAUCCUAUACAUCUCUUUUGUAUACAAAUGUACAUUUGCAUAAGACUGGGACACUCUGAAAGAGAAAUACCAACUCACCCAAAUACAACUGUACAGACAUCAUGUGACCAAAGAAGAGGCCUUAUAGAGUACUGAUUUUUAUUGUGCCAACACAAAUAGAUCCACACUAAACGCAGAAAACAACUGCAUUUCACAUCAACUAUUCAGAGCAGCUUUUUUCAGGGAAACAAAAGAGUCAGUACAUUCAAGAAUCAUGUGCUGUAACGCAACAGUGCUGACUGACAUUAAUGCCAUUGCUGUAGAACCAGUUAGUUUUCAAUAGGAACAAUGAAAUUUAAUUGGUUUAUAAAGAUAAAUCCCAAAAAUUAAAAGCUGCCGUUGAGCAUUAACACAAAGACCUGAACAUGAACGUGUUGCAACUUGAAGUGGUUUGUGAAAGGAAAAUGAAAAAAAACAGCGUAGUUACUCCUCCGGCUGCUGCAGAUUAUCCUCAUUGAUCAUCAGAGAGAGAUGAGUGACCCGCGACAGCUGGGCCCCUGAAGACAGAAGGUACCAAGAAAGAUUUGGUAUCAUAGGCAAAACACAACCAUGGCCAGACCUCUUUCUGUAAAAGCAAGUUCUUUUCUCCCUGCUGCCAACUAUGUGCUGUGUCUUUGAUCAGCUGCCACAUACAUCCGUGUCCAUGUAGAUGCCCACAGCGUAGAAGCAAAGGUGUUUCAUAAUAAAAAGGAAAUUGUGUUGAA